AACGUAUCUACUGACUGCCUUCAACCCCCGUGGGCCUUGCUGGAGACAGCGAUAGGAACUCAGCAUAGACGGUGGAACGGAUCAUGUCGUUUGGGAGCGGGACUUCGGCUUUUGGUGCUAAACCGGCCACAAGCUUUGGCACAUUGGGCUCAACGCAAACUCAGGGUGUCUCGCUCUUUGGCACACCCCUAGGCCAAAAUCCGAACCAGCUGCAGAACCAAACCCCUGCGCAAGGGUCUUCGCUCUUCGGUACAUCACUGGGUCAGAACCCGAAUCAACCACAGAACCAACCAGCGCAGGGCACCUCACUCUUUGGAAACCCGCUAGGCCAGAACGCGAACCAGCAAAUGCAAGCACCGACGCAGGGAACGUCACUCUUUGGUACACCGCUGGGACAGAAUCCCAACCAGCACGCACCAUCGCAGGGCACCUCUUUGUUCGGCACGCCAUUAGGUCAGAACCCAAACCAGCAGCAGAAUCAGAAUCAGGCCUCAACGCAAGGAACAUCCUUGUUCGGCACGCCAUUUGGGCAGAACAACAAUCAGCAGCAGCAGAACCAACCGGCUCAGGGAACUUCGCUUUUCGGUACACCGUUAGGUCAGAACCCAAACCAGCAGCAGCAGUCUGGCGGGCUUUUUGGCAACACCACCACGCAGCAGCCUUCGACAAGCCUCUUUAGCAACACGAAUACACAACAACAGCCUUCGGGAGGGCUUUUCGGAUUAAGUAACCAGCAGAGACCUGCGCUCGGCGGGUCUCUAUUCAAUAAUACGCAACAGAACAACGCGUCGACUGGACUCUUUGGACCGAGUACGAACACUGGCGGGCAAUCGACAGGUUUGGGCAGCUGGGGCUCGAGCACGACACAGCCUGGGCAAUCAACCCUAGGCCCAUUGACCAAUACUUCUGGUGUGCCAUUUACGAGAUCAACUAAGUUCAAUGAUCUUCCUGAUAAUGUUAAGAAGAUAUUCGAGGACAUAAAUUCCCAUAUUCAAGGACGUGUGCAGAUUAGCAAUGACUUGAAGCAGCGCAAACUUGGCGAAGAAGCGGUCAAAGGGCAAGACAUUGUCCGUGGUGUGCAUAAGGAACUCGUCAAUGCCAUCACCACUCUCCAUUCAGAUGUGAUGCACACACGAGAUUUGAAGGCAAAGGUAGACCAGACAGUACAAGACACAAUUGUUGCAACGCGGAUUGUGGACGGUUUCCGCAACCCGCAACAACAUGGCGCUUACCUGAAGAAUCACGCCAGUUUUCCAUAUGAGUUCUUCCAACGCAUGACUGAACAGAUGCGAGAAAGACUGCGAUGGUACAAAACGACGAUCGAGCAAAUCGAACGGAAGCUAUCGUCUGCUGCGGCUCAAUCACAGGCUACUCCUCAAGCGAUAUCGUCCACGUUAGAGGCUCAGCAUGCAACUUUCGUUGCGCUCGCAAACAAAACCGCUGCUCUCGAUGCGGAAUUGCAGAAGAUCAAAGCGUUAUACACUCAGCUGUGGCGCGCGAAGACAGGGAGCAUGCGUGACCCAUUCUACGAACUUGAUCGCACAAAUGCAGGCGAUUUUGGUAUAGAGAGUCUAAAUGCGAAGUGAAUUACGGC